AUGAUGCCAGCAUCAAGGCCAGAGCAGCGUGGCUCCUCGCCGCGUCCGGUUCCCAGCUCACCGUCUUCAGCACAAGGAUUAACAUCAGAAGAGGUUGAGGCAGCAACAGGAGUGCUGCAUCUCCCCCCUCACCAAGAGGCUGCUCCCUCUGUUGCUACGGGUGAAAGUCGAAAACAUGAAGUGGAGGUGAAACGACUGCAACGACAAGUGCGGAAGCUGAGGCGGCAGCUGCGGAGAGAGCGGCGGCACCAUCAGUGGGUCUUGCGCCGCCUGCAGCGGCAGGACGAACAGGCCGAGCUGGUUCAACGGCAGCAGCAGCAGCAGCAGCAGCAGCAGCACCUGCAGCUUCAGUACCUGCAAUGGAAGCAGCUACACCAUCAGCAGGUGCUGCUACAAACAGUAGCGAGCCAGCAGCAGCUGCAGCGUCCGCUCCAACGGCAGGAGCAGCAGAGCCCAGUGCAACAGCAGCAAAUACAAGACCAGACACAGAGCUCAGAGCAACAGCAGCAAAUGCAAGAGCAGCAACAGGAUGCCACGAUGAAGGAAAAGGAUAGAAAACGUCGCAGGGAGAGACAGCAAGAGGAGGCGGGACAACCAGAGGCAAAGCGGCAGUCUCCAGAAGAUGAAUGGGUAGACUCGGACUCUGAAGAGCCUCAGCCGAGUUCCUCUCAACAGGCGUUGCAGCAAUCUGUUGGUGCAGCAGAAGCAGCAGCAGAUGGCUCCCCCCUCGCCCGUGAACUUUCGGAACGCCAUGCUUUGUAA